CACAACACAUGGGAGUGUAACGCCUGCUCUUGUCACUCUAAGAAGAAUCAGUUGUAAUGGCAACUCCUUUCAUCUUCAAACGUAAUGAUUCUUCCAAAUACGACUUUGUUAAGGUGAAAGUAUGGCUAGGUGAUAAUGAUGAUCAUUACUAUGUUCUCUCCAGAUUUUUGCUAACCAGAAUGUUAACUGUCACUAAGAUACCAAAUCAUGUGUCAGUUAAAAUUGCCCUUGAUCUUAAAAAGCUUCUUGUUGACAACAGCCUUCUUGAUGUUUCACAAGCAGAUUUAGAGGCAAACUUGUUUAAGCUUAUGAAGCGGAGAGGUUUUGGAGAUGAGUAUAUAAAACGUUAUAAAAUGAUGACAAGAUUUCACCAUCAGAGAGUUCCUCUUGUAAUUCUUGUUUGUGGUACUGCCUGUGUUGGGAAGUCUACUAUUGCUACCCAACUCGCACAACGCCUGAACUUGCCAAAUGUCUUGCAGACAGAGAUGGUGUAUGAAUUGCUGCGCACAUCAACAGAUGCACCUUUAACGUCUUCUCCAGUAUGGACACGUGAUUUCAGCUCACCAGAGGAGCUAAUGACUGAAUUUUGCAGAGAAUGCAGAAUAAUAUGGAAAGGUUUGGCUGGUGAUUUGAGAAAAGCAACGAAAGAUGGCAAACCGAUUAUAAUUGAGGGCAUACAUUUAGAUCCUAGAAUAUUCCUGAUGGAAGAACAUAAAUUACUACCACCGCCCACCGCAGACUACGAAGAACCAAACUUUUCCAAGGUCAAAGACCACAAGGAAAUACAAAGGGGAAGUAAUCACAGUAUUGGACUUGGCAGUCAGAGUAACGGUAAAGAUCUCUAUCCUGAGAAUGUUAGUUCGGAUGGAGCAUCUUCUGAGUCAGACAAGCUAGCAGAUUCUCUGAAAUCAAUGGAUAUUGUCGAGAAAAUUUCUGAAAAUACAGAACCGGUGUCUCGUAACAAAUUUUCUGGCCAUGCUGGCGAAACAGUUAAUGAUUCAGGAGCAGAUCAAAAUCCUGCUCACAGAAAACAAACUUCGGGUGAUCUGCCAAUAUUUGUUCCUAUAGUUCUAAGGAUGGCGGACUUUGAUCAUAAGGCAUUUCUGGAGGAGUGGGUAGCUACUCGUACAUUCACGGAGAAGCAUCCUGCCCAGGUUAAAGACAAAGUGAUAACUAACUUGAUGACUAUUCAGGACUACCUGUGUUCCUUUACAUCACAGGGUUUGACUGUUGUUGACGUAUCAGCUGCAACAUUUCCACAGACACUGGAUUGGCUGCAUAAUUAUCUUCUUCAGUGUCUCGAGCAAGGUUUCUAGGGAAAAUCAUGGGCAAAAAUCUAGAGAGUUAACUACUAACCAUAUUCUUGACGAAUAAGGUUUUAGAAAAAAGAUAGUUCGAGGAGAUUGAGCAACCUACCUCUGAACUGAAACGUCGAGCCUCCAUGUGUCAUCUUGUGGAGGCUCAGAUUUACUUUUGAUAGAUAUAAAGUAUAAAGUAGUUGUAAGAUAAAAUCUUAAGUUUGCU